GUUGGCUUUCUUUGUCAUCUUGUGUCUUCCGAACUACAAGUUCGGUAACAAGUCUCUCGCUUCCACUCUCUCUCUUCCACUCUCUCUCUCCAUCUCCCUUCCGUUUUUCUUCCCCUUCUCUCUCUCCGUCCUUCUAGGGUUUCGUUUUGAUCACAUUCAUUUUUUCCCCUUUCAUCUCAAUUGUCUCGAAUUUUAUUCAGUUUUGUAACAUUCAGAGGAAAAUGGAUUCGAGUUCAUGGAUCAAUUGUCCUUCCGUUUUCUCAUCAUCAUCUUCUUCUUCGCGACGAUGUCAAUCCCGAUCAGAUUUGUAUAUAGGUGGAGGGUACGAGGAUCUCGAAGGAGAAGACGAUUUGAAGGCAGAGUUUAUCUGCCCGUUCUGUGCAGAAGAUUUUGACAUUGUCGGGCUGUGUUGUCACGUUGAUGAAGAGCAUCCUGUUGAGGCCAAGAAUGGGGUGUGUCCUGUAUGCACAAAGAGAGUGGGACUGGAUAUCGUUGGCCACAUUACGACGCAGCAUGCGAAUUUCUUUAAGAUAUCCUUUCAAAUCUUGAUAUUUUCUUAUAUCAUGCUUUGUUUCUACGUGCAGCGAAGGAGAAGGUUGAGGAGAGGUGGAUAUAGCUCUGCUUAUCUCGCCUUGAAAAAAGAACUCCGGGAAGCAAACUUACAGUCUCUUCUUGGUGGAUCUUCAAGUUUCACUUGUUCAACCAAUAUAGAUUCUGAUCCGUUGCUGUCAUCUUUUAUGUUUAAUUCUCCUUCGGCUAAUGAAUCUGCAAGCAAAUCCGCUACACCUGUUACCCAAGGAACCUCAGCUACAAAAGUCCCGCAAAAGGAAUCUCUCAAAAGAGAUAUUCGAGAAGCUCCACUUUCAGGAGAAGAUCAAGAGAAGGCGGAAAAAAGCGAGUUUGUGCGAGGUUUGUUUUUGUCAACCAUGCUUGGAGACGAGUUCUAAUAUCCGGUAAAAGCCCUAUGCUUUGUUGAGGAAUCUGAGGUUGAAAUUGAUAGAAUGGUCUCAAUGUAUGAUGCAAAACCUUGCAAGUUAAAAGGAGAGCAGACUUAAAUCCAUAUAUUAUUGUCAUUGUACGUUGGAGCCUUUUUAUGCGUAUAAACGGAAACAAAGUACU